CGUGGCCCCACCCCGUCUCUCCCAAGACUCUUGCCUAGCCCUACCUCAAUGUAGGCUCCUGUUCUCGUAAAAGAGACAGUGGGGAAAAUGGGGGGAGGAAAAUAAGAAAAAUAGCAGUACGCCCAAGAAGAAUCAUUUCUUCCCGUGUGCUUCGACUUCCUCAAGCCUCGGCCUGGCAGCGGAGCGACGACGGCGGCGGUGGAGGAGGAGGAGGAGGGCGGCCUAGGCGGCGCGAAUGUACCGCUACGACUAAGCUAGCUUGUGUGCUAUUUUCCCCCCUAUCUGGUGAAUGUAAAUGCACAUGCAGUGUGCUAGCUUGUCGCUGAUUUCGACCUAUACUGGAACCUUGGACGAGGAAUAUACAUGGUUGUGUACGAGCGUGGGUGUUCGUGCACGUACAGGCCUCAUGUAGGCUCCCCUAAAGCCCAGUUUGACAGCCAGCUGCUUUUCACCCUGACAACAAACCUGGAGACAUUUUGAGGCUGCCCCCUUUUACACUCCCGCGUAGAUAUGUACAGGCACCUCACGCCUUCAUUUUCUGCUUUAAUUGUGACUCGUCGGGAUUAAACACGUGCUGGAUUUGGAUCCGAACCGGCCAGAAGAAAAGCGCCUGGGUGCGGGCUCGUUUGUGAUAUGAGGGGCUGAUAACACAAGCCAGGGACACGCAAGCUCAAGACCCCCGAAGUAGGCCCCCUUCCUUUGGAGGAGAAAACACAACAACCCGAAAAAGGAGGAGAAAUCAGCGGUCUGUUUUCGCAACUGACACAGGAGUCUGUAGCUGUCUGGCUCAGCUAGUUGUAGAGACGUGGUCCGGAAGCGAUGAAAAUAACACUCAUGUAGCUGUAUUUUGGCUUGUCUUUGUUUAUUUCCUGCUGGUUAUCCUCUCACAAACAAGAACACCGCCGAACAAUACCAAGUGGACCUGUAAAAAUGCGUGUUUUGAAAGGAGGCUUGGGACCAAGCCGCGCCACCAUGCGGGUGAGCGCCACACUCACGCCGAUUUGCGCUCCCUAUUGCGGGGAGCAGUGAGACGCAAGACCCGGGAUUUGGUUCACCCGCACCGGGCUCCUUUUCGUCGUGUUCUUUUUGUGUUCAAUCGAGACUUUCUCAGUUGUUGCUGGUUUUGUUUGUUUUUAGUCGUCGUUGAGACUGACGCAAGGUCCAUCUGGAGGGAGGAAAAAACGAAAGAGAUCUGGCCCUGUCGGUUGCGUUAGCUACAGCAAUUGGCUCCAAUUUUUCGGACAACAAAACUCCCUCCGUUGACAGAAAUUACAAAUAUUCUGCUUGGACAAGGGCGGCGACGAUUUUUCACCAGGCCGUCGGAGUACCUUCCUCCAUGUUUGUGGCUGUCCCUAACCCUCGGGUCAACCGUGGGCUCCACUCGUCCACGUUAUAGACAUUUCCUCUACCCACACUUGUGUCUGCUGCUACCACACUUCCUAAUUCUUCAUAGCCUUGGACUCCUCUUUUUUCCCUGCGGGAAAAUGGGUUGUUUGGGCAACAGUAAGACUGAAGACCAGAGAAAUGAGGAAAAGGCCCAGAGAGAAGCAAACAAAAAGAUAGACAAGAUGCUCCAAAAAGACAAACAAAUCUACCGAGCAACACACAGACUAUUGCUUUUAGGAGCUGGCGAGUCAGGAAAGAGCACAAUUGUGAAACAGAUGAGGAUCCUUCAUGUCAACGGCUUCAAUGCAGAAGAGAAAAAGCAAAAAAUUCAGGAUAUAAAGAAUAAUAUCAAAGAAGCCAUUGAGACCAUAGUGACUGCAAUGAGCACUCUGACGCCACCAGUGCAUUUGGCCUCUUCAGACAACCAGUACCGCAUUGAAUACAUCCUCAACUUUGUCAAUCAGAAGGAUUUUGAGUUUCCAGCUGAGUUUUAUGACCAUGCAAAAACACUGUGGCAAGAUGAGGGCGUCAAAGUGUGCUUUGAGAGAUCUAACGAGUAUCAACUCAUCGACUGUGCACAAUAUUUCCUUGACAAGAUUGACAUUGUGAAGCAGAGCGACUACACCCCAACAGAUCAGGAUUUAUUGAGGUGCAGAGUGCUGACUUCAGGGAUCUUUGAAACCAGAUUCCAAGUGGACAAAGUUAAUUUCCACAUGUUUGAUGUUGGUGGUCAACGAGAUGAACGACGAAAAUGGAUCCAGUGCUUUAACGAUGUGACAGCUAUUAUCUUUGUGGUGGCCAGUAGCAGUUACAACAUGGUGAUCAGAGAGGACAAUCACACAAACCGUUUACAGGAGGCGCUCAACCUGUUCAAGAACAUCUGGAACAACAGGUGGCUGCGGACCAUUUCUGUUAUCUUGUUCCUAAAUAAACAGGACCUGCUGGCAGAGAAAGUGCUGGCAGGGAAGUCCAAAAUUGAGGAAUACUUUCCGGAAUUUGCUCGCUACACUACACCUGACGAUGCGACACCAGAGCCUGCAGAAGAUCCCCGUGUCACAAGGGCAAAGUACUUCAUACGAGAUGAAUUCCUGAGAAUCAGCACUGCAAGCGGAGACGGAAGGCAUUACUGCUACCCUCACUUCACCUGCGCCGUGGACACGGAAAACAUCCGCCGCGUCUUCAACGAUUGUCGAGACAUCAUCCAGAGGAUGCACCUGCGGCAGUACGAGCUCUUGUGAUGGGACGGCAAAUGGAAAAGGAAAGAGGAAAACGCAAAACACAACAAACUUUGGAACACUGGGAGUCUUUGAACUCUACCACAGACAUGCCAAAAAGACACUUGAACGCAGACACAGUACACGAAGCCAACUUCCCCUCGCUGCUUACUCCAUUCUGAUGGAUGUGUCUGAGGGAGUGUAGCGUGAAAGCAAGAUUCACUUUGGCCACACAGUGUGGACUGGUAUUCACUUUACAUUUGGAGCUACUUGGAGCGCUGCUAUUUUAGUGGAGCAAGUCAACUGUAGUAGUGCAAAGAAAAUUAACAGCUCUCAUAUCGACCGGAAAUAUAAGCACCAUGCUCAGGAUUUGAUUCAAAACUGCACAAGUGAGCAUGAAGACAUACACAAUCACUCUUCAGUCCUAUCACGUAUGCAAAUUGCGAUAUUUAAAAUCAUCUGUUCUCACACGCACGAAACACAGAUGGAUCAAAUCUACGUUUAGCGGAUUGCUAAAAAAUCCAGGAAUUAUUCCGCCAAGUGGCCUCUUCAUCACAGAGCCACUGAUAAGUUUUUUUUUCAGUCUUUUUGCUUUGAGAUUAAACAUAUUGGAGCCCAGUUACAGGGUGGACAAACGUUGAACAAGCUAAAGUGUUUUGUUUUUCUAUCCUGUCUGCAAAUAGCACGGGUGGGGAGUUCCCUUCCCAGCUCCUGCCGGAACUUGAAACUAACACAUUGGACGAAGGACAGGAACAACAAUUCCCCAUCCAGCCGACCACGGAGAUCAUGAUAUAUUUGAGUUGAAGACCUCUUGGACUUGGCGGGACUUGGCAAACAGGGCAAAAUGCAUCCAGUACAGUAUCUAAGUUAAAGAGAAUUAUCUUUAGUGUUUUUUUUCUCUUUCUUACUUUUGGGGGUCCGUGUGGACUUGUGUGCCAUUGUGCCCUAUGUGCUCUCUUCUUUCUCUCACUCUUCAUCUCCUUGCCCCAAGCUACCCCUUUUCCUCCUAUGACUUGGUCUGCACUAUAGAGGAAAAAAAAAAAUCUGAAAUUUAAGGUGAGGAAGAAAUAGCAAAAACAAACGGGACAACCUCCCUCCAUCAUUUUCUCUGUCCAUUUUACUUUACUGCUGAACUAUUAUUCUUGUACAGAUUGUAAAAUGUAUUAUUUUGUACAACUUUAUUGAGGAAAAAAUAACUUUUAGAAGAUCCCUGUGCCUUGAUCACGACUGUACGUGUGUAAUGAGCUAAAGUGGGUGUCAUACUGCGCUGUAUAGCUUGGCCAAUUAAUACCGCCCCCCUUCGCUUCACCACUUCCUUCCUUUUCUUUAUCUUCAUCCCCCAGGUCUCUCUUUGGGACCUGGGGGACACGCAUUUGUAGCUUUUUGUACGUUCAUUUCUCUCCCUCAUAUUUCCCCCUUCUUUAUGAUUUCAAUUUCUGUUUUUGGAUCCAUAUAACCCCUUGAAAAGAUGAAUAUAUGUAAUAUAUAUUGGUUUUGAAAACAAAAGUAUUUUAUUAGGAAUCAAAUAACAAAUUCAGCACUUAACAGUGUGCGUCUUGCUUAUAAGUUAAAUCCUUUCAAUGGAAGUUGCGAUCUUUGGUUAUCUCACAUUUUGGAAGUUUUAAAAGGGAAAAUGAGCCGAUGCGAGACAUUGCCUUGUUUUUACACAGGUCGUAUUCUUUUGCUACCAAAAUAUCUCCCCUGAAAAAAUGACCAAAAAUAAUUUUCACUUAAUUUGUGGAGAAGAAGGGGAAGGGAAGGGCACUCACUUCUUCUUCCUGGCCUGCACAUCAGACUCAUCUCUCAUUUUAUGUAUGCGUCAUUUAUGAGUCUUCUGAACCGGCACUCUUGAGAAAUAAAGAUUUUUUUGGGGGGUGAAGACAGCACCAGGCCUGUCCUUGCACAUUUACAACAACACAACACUUGACAUGCAUCAACAACAUUUUGGUAUUCCCUUAAAUUGCGUGAGAACAUGGAAUUUCCUGUUAUUCCUUUCAUCUUCAUCCAUCUGAUAUGUUAAGGCUGAAUGUUCUGAAUUGAAUUUCUGACUGGUGGGUGGACUCUUAGUCUGAAGCUCAUGGUAUGGACACUGAAGAUUAAAAUUGUCUAAGAACCGUCAAAGGAUAAUCAAACCACUUGUGAGCUCAAAAUUGGGAUGAUCACUGAGCUGAACGCUCAAAUCACACCAUUGCUGGUUUAGAUGUGUUUUUUUUUGUUUGUUUGUUUUGUUUACUUUCCAAACAUUGUGGUCAGAAUUCCACUGAACAUAAUCACUUAACCAGACUGGGUUCAUGAUUCAGCUAGAAGUAUGGCCUGGGGUUGCCGGGUUUGUGUAAUGUUAUUGCAAAUCACAGAUAAAACAUACUUACCCUAGAUAUGCAGCUGUAACGUAGAAGUGGUAAAAGGACACCAUAAAGGGGUUGAUGCGCAAUCGCUUUUACAUCACUGUGUACAGUAAUGCGGUGAGCGACGUGGAGAAGAAUGAGAUUGACAGUUUUUAUAUUUCACACUUACUACUCUUCUGCCCCAUACACUGCACGGCCCCAAAAGACACCACUUUUAUUAAACAGAAAACACAACAUAACGGCAACCACCAUUCUCGGUCAUGGUUGCACAACUACCCAUGAACCAUUGUGGGCGUAACAUAAGUUGCUACAAUAUGAAUAUCCAGCUGAAAUGAAACCCUUGGUAGCAGUGGGGAAAAUAGUGCUUUUUUUUUUUUUUUUUUUUAAUCCAGCUUCUUGUUGCAGAGUACUCAAAGCCACAACGUAUCAUCACAGCACAUUUAAAUUUGAACAAGAAACUGCAAAGUUUGCAAGUCAACUGCGACAUUGCAAUCGCAAGAGAUGCAUCUUUUGCCCAAAAGAGAGCGCUGUCGCCUUGACAAUCAGGGAUUUUCGAUGCUUAUAUUUUUUUGCGUAUUGACUAGUAGUGACCAAACCCAUCUAAGAAUACUCCCAGAGGACCCAGACACAUAAAGUACAACUGUAAAAUUUCGUCAGAAAAACUGCCCAGCCGUUUCAGAGUCCAUAGGGAAUGAAUACAAACACACGCAAAUAAAGUUCCAUUUUUAUAUGUUUAGAUUUAGAAACACAAAUUAAGUCCAUUUAAAAUUUAGUUUUCAUAGGUUUCAACUGGCACAAGAAGGUAUAAUCUAUGUCAACUAGUAUUUCAAACGAUGGGCGGAUCCAUUUUAGAGCAUUUUGACAAGUUGGUUCCGUCAAACAAACACCAUGGGCUCAGAAACUGGGAUGAUCUCGCGUCUAAACUUGUGCCGAAGAAUCAUUAGGUGGUUAUGUGGCAGUAAAAUUGUUUUCAAACUCGAGAUGGCCUCUUUGGUGAAAAAGUGCUGUUUGGUCUUUUCUGGUACAAGUCUUCAAGACAACUACAGAAGUAUAGAUGACCUCCAUGUGAAAGAUGGUUGCUCAAAGUAUUUAGGGAUACAAAUGGCAAAUUUCUUACACCACUCAUAAUGGAGAGAAUAAUGUUUUUAAACUCCCAAAAUGACACAGCUUAUGGGCACAGCCAUUUUGUGAUGUCAGUUAUACCUUCACCUGUACACACUGAUAUACAUUAGCACAGGUGCAUUUUAUAAUGUGUAUUUACAACGUCAUGAGGAAGCGUGGGCAAUUUGGGAUAGUUGCAUCUGGCAUUGAUUAAAUGCCCCCAACCCCCCCUUCUCUGGCUGCCACUUCCUGGAAGCAUUGUCCUUUAUUUCAAUUUGUCUCUGAUAUUAUCAGAAACAUUUCCAAACCAACAUACUGUAGGCGGACUUUGUAGAACCUUAACCAGUACAUUGAGCAGCAGUGGCGUGGGGAUGUGGGGUGCUGAGGGUGCUACAGCAUCCCCUGGUCUUGGGGAGAGAAAAAAAAGUGUUUUGGUAAAGGAGACUUUACCAUGGCACAAUAACGAAUUGGCGAUUUUUUUUUUUCUUUACAAAAACAGCGAAAUUGUCUAAAAUUCAGUUCAAGGUUGAAAAUGAAAAUUUGAGUUCUAUCUACCGUUGGUGUCUUCAAAUAGGUAAGACAUUUACAUUGUAGCCAUAUUAUUGUUUGUUGUUGCUGUUCAGCGGCCGCCGUGUAGAUCGCUGUUGGAUAUUCUUGUGCAAUUUAUUUGAGUGUUGUGAAAAGGGGGUGUUAAACUGAGGCUUUUUCGCCCUUUUGAUUUUCAAAUGUGUUCGUGUGUCAUUGUGCCGUCUCGCUGCACUGAUUUGCAUAUAUUUCCAAUACAAAAACCCCAACACACACUGGUGGUGAACUACAACGCUGUCUUUGUAGUAGCCCAGUAGUAGUAGUAGUAGUAGUAGUAGUACGUAAAGUAUCCAGCAUGCAUGUGUACUGCCAUUGUACACGCCUUGUAUGGACAAAACGCGCGAUCAUGACAAAUUUGGACCGAAACAGCUGUUUUUGGAUGGCUAAAAAAGAUCCUCAGCACUCCUUGCUGUGAGUGACUUCAAGCGCCCCUGUUGAGCAGCAAUUUAGAAGCAUUAAACUAAUAGCGUACCGCACGCAACACGUCACUUUUGCUCGAUAUUAUUCAUGACGUUAGCAAUUGUUGCUCGGCAGGUCAAGCUCUCGUUUGUCCUGAAUGCUAAAUGCAUGGAAAUAGUGUAUGAGCGAGAUGUUUACCGAGCUAAACUUACCAAUUCUGUCCGAAAAGAUGUCCCUAGUGCCAAAUUCACUAGUAAAGAUAUGGAAGAACAUACAAAUGUUCAGUUAAAGAGAUGGCUUGGGGGUCGAGGGCUGAAAAAGACUGGAAAAAGAGCCGACCUGAUCCAGAGGUAGCUUUUUUAUCGACACCUUUUUCUUGUUUGCAUUGCCUUACACCACUGACAAUGGCAUUUUCCUGUUUCAACAAUCCAUCCUUUAGCACCAUACGCCCUGUCUUUCUUAUAUAUUAUAUCCUCUGGUUGUCGCAACCCUCUGCCGUCCCUGGGUGUAAUUUACAUUGCUAUUUUUGUGUAGCGAUCGCAAAUGCUACUCAGUGACAGCCAACGAACACUUAAAAUUUUUUCAUUAAUAAUAUCUUAAUUCUAGAAUUUAUUUACACUUCCCCCAUUACUAAAGUUGUUUUUUAUAACAGAAAAGGUAACAACAGUGGCAGUCAGGAACCAUUUAAAAAAAAUUUCAGGUCAUUCAUUGUCAGACAGAAGCAGCAUGGCAAAACGCCACGCUAAAAAAAUAACUAAAAAUAUGAAAAUGACUUACCUCUUCAUCCUCUGUAGGACCAUGGCCUCCAACAAAAUCUUUUCUGCAUAUGAAGGUGAAUGGCCUCACUUUGCUGAUGUUAAACUGGUCUUUUGGACGUGCGCACAAGUUUAUCCAUUUUUCACAUUUUUUUUUUUUCCUCCAGAGUUUUUGGCUUUGGAAAACAUAUGAAGGAAACAUCCUAUUUAUGUUGUAAUGUCUAGAGUCAUUUCUACAAGUUCCAUAGCAGCAGUGUUUACUCUGCAUGUUCUUUUUUUGAAAGAUUACUGGCAGAAAACAAGCAGUAGUAACAUGGAUCGCAUGCGAGGGCGCGUCUAUGUUGACCCACUUCCGGGUUAAGAUGGCGACAUCACGGUCUGAAAAUAGCAUUCUUGCGGUAUGUCAUUGACUGCGAAUGGCAUUCAAUCAAUUUUGACAGGGAGACUAAGCAGCGAUUAUUUUAGACAUUUAUCACAGUCAUUGGCAACCAAUGAGUUGAUAUCCUUAAGUUUUUCCUUGCGUAAUCAUUUAUGUUGCAUUUAACGCAUUGGAAUCCACUGACGGCGCUAGAUUUAUCACCCAUUUUGCAGAGGUGGGUAGUAGCAAGUUACAUUGACUUGAGCAAUUUGUACAGAAAUAAU